AGAGUGCAACAGGCUGAGAAGCAACAUGAGUUGCCUGGAAGACGUACCUUUCAGAAUGUCCUCAAGCUUCGUAGAGGAUUCUGAGAGGGAGGCAAACUUUGUGCGUGCCCCUGAGUUUGACAUGCCCGACUACGAAGAGAUUCUCCUGUGGACAAUGCAUGAUUUCUUACUAGAGAAGAGGGUCCUGUAUUGGGCAGAGUCUGGCUCUUGGCAAGACAUCCCCUGGUGCCAAGUGACCACUGAUGUUAUCCCAACAGCUCCGCCUUCCUGGCUGCUCUUUGCGGACUCAGAAGAAAACAGCCACGAGGAGACCGGAGAAAGCAGCAUGGCGGAAGCACCUCCUGUGUACGAGUCCAGCGUGAGUCCAGACGGCAGCGACGAAGCUCAACCGAUAGCGAGUGGGAAUGGAGACCAACACGCUGCGAAGGGCGAGGACCCCAAAGGCGAGGGGUCUUCCUCAGCCAACUCCACAGAAAGCAAGCGAGAGAAUCCACCUGAGCCCAAACCUGUUCCGAGGCCUGGUGCUUUUGCUCGUUUUUUCGGCCUCCCCCAACCGAAACCAAGGACUUCACCGGUCCCGCCACCGACUGUUACCUUGGAGAGCAACUGCCCAAAGCCAUCCCUGAUCAAACAGAGACAGUCUCUGCUGUUGUUAAACAAUGUGAAGAAUGAGUGGGAACGAGCCAAGGGGAAACUGGCAGCUUUCCUGCACCCCUUGACUCAUUCUUCAACAGAGUCCAGCUUGGCUUCCAGAUCCGUUCCUCUGAGCCAGCGCAACCGCAACAACAGGAACCUGAGAAACAGAUCUGCCUCAGACGCAUCUGCAAUGGGGACUUUAAUGCCCACGCCCUCAUCUACAACGUCCGGUGCUCUGCAACCCCCCACUUCUGCAGGUUCGGUCGCUCCCAUUCAAAAGCACAAGCCCACAGUUGCCGUAAGAAACGAAUCUUCUCUUGUCUUUGUCUUCCUUCUCCUUUUCAUAAUGGGGCUGAUCCAAUCACCUCCAAUCUUCCUCUGGCCUAUGGAGACUUCCCACCAGGUCUGGGAACAGAACAACUGGACUCGAGUCCAGUUUCACCUUAGAGACCCACAAGAGUUUCGGGAUAUGAGCUUUCGAGGGUCUUUGACUCUCGCGGAAGUGCAUUGGGCCCGUAACCUGUUGGGGUUAACUGGUAUAGUUAGUUACUGGUAUAGUUACCCACGACUUAGCAGAGUGCUUUAA